CCUCCCCUUCCCCAAAAUCCAUCAAAAAGUUCCAGAACACACAUCCAUCCACCCAAGUUAUCAAAUCUCUUCAUAAUUCUUUAAAAUUGGAUCUUCGCAAAAGGUCUCAUUCUUCUUUCCGACAAACUCGUCGAACAGACCAAAAUAAUUUAAAAUCACUCCAUCCAUACCAGGGGCUUUAAUCCACUCCAAAAGAAAAUCUAUCAAAAUGCCCGGCGUUCCACCAAAGGCAUUCGAGACCAUCAAGGCCAAGUUCAAGGCUCUCCUCAAGGGAAAGAAAUCCAAGAAGGCUGAAGCUGAACCAACUGCCGAUGCAACAAAGACCGAUGCAGCUGCUCCAGCUACUGCAACCACUGUUACUGAGCCAGCUGCUGAAGGAACCGCACCAGAAGUAAAUGCUACUGAACCAGCAACUGGUGAAACUCCAGCCCCAACUACCGCAGAAGCAGCUCCAGUUGUAGCCGAACUAGCCAAGACGACUGAAACUGCAGCACCCGAAGCUCCCAAGGUCGAAGAAAUCAAGAAUGAGCCUAGCGCACCAAUCGUCGCUGCUACAGCUCCUCAACUUUAAAUGAUAUCAUCUUUCGAUAUUAUCGACACGCCAGCAUUAUAUAUAUAUAUAUAUAUGAUAUAUCAUGCAAGCAAGAUGAAACGCAUUUAACCUACCUUUACCUUUGAAUUACACGUAUAUUUGAUUUCGAACUCGAUACGGAUGUGGGAGAUACCCAAAUACAAUCUCUUUGAUACCAUGGUGAAGAUGGUGUAAAGAUCCAUGUUGUAAUGGCAGGAGAUAAGACUGAUGGUGAAGCUUUAGGUGAUGGAUAAAUACAGACACCUCUUGAUCAUGUCUAUCAAAGCAUGGUUGAAUUUCCGAAACAGAAGUCGUCAGAACAGGAUAAUAAUGUGUUAUCAUGUUUCCUUUGUGUUUUUUCUUUACUCUUUUAUGUCUAUUCAAAGGUUUUCCUCGAUGGUCUUUUUAGUUUUUUCAAAGUUGAUUGAGUUGAAAUUGAUGAGAUGUUUUUAUCGACGAAAGCAGAUAUACAUCUACUUGAUUCAUACAAGAUUGAUUAAGGAGAAUGAGGAAUGGAUUAGAUGUGGAUUUCUCGAUUUCUUUUUUUACUUUGUUUUAUUGAAUUAUAGUAUCUAAUUGUACAUGGACGGGCGCGUAAGCGGAACGAAUGGUCAUAUACCCCCUGAUACCCUAGGUACCUAGUUCUCGUUGUGGAGAGGAGAGAGAGGAGAUGUGGGUUUGUCUAUAGGAAUGAGUUUAUAAGAAUCUUGAUCUUGAAAUGAAGAAUGUCUCAUUUUUGUG